UCCCUCGCUAUCGUAUCUGUAUGGUAAAUAAAAUAUCGUCAUUCACGUCCGCUCGUAUUAUUUGUAAACAAACGCAAGCCCUGGUUUUUCCAGCUUUUCGCCCGCAAUUGACCCGCCACCGUCCGAAAUCCUGUCCAAAAUGGAAACACCGCUGGACACAGAGGCCGUGUUGGCCUCGCUAAAGGAGUUGGCAGCCGAGCGGCACCAAAAGAUUCCGCAGAUCCUCGAGGACUACCUGCUGCACGUCGCUCGGACGGGCAACGUCGUCUUCGAGAACGAGUGGGACGACGUGAAGCGCCUCCUCAAGCUCAAACUGGACUGCAACAUUGACUACUUCCAGCACUUCUGCUCCGACCUGCCGACCGACAAGGAUUUUAGCCUCCACCAAGCUCGAACGUUUCUCUACGACAGGUUCGACAUUUUCAACCGGCCACCCUUCACUAUUCAGAGACUGGUCGAGGUUUUGACUACAUCGAGAAGACAAUAUCGGAGAAUCGACAAGUACCUGAGGGCGAUCGAAAAAAAUUUAAUGGUUGUCUCGACUGUUGGGCAAGAAACUGAAUUCCACUGCGAGACGAAAUUCGUACCUCACCAUUUUAACUAUGCGUCCCCAACUGUCUCCAAAGUUGGACAGGCUGAUCUAAUUCCUCUGCAAAAUGCUGCAAUGGACUUUGAAGUUCGAACUCGCAUCUCGAUGAGAAUUUUCAACCCAGCCCUCAAUUUGAUGAACGGAGAUGAAAGUGAUGACGAGGAUGAGGACGAAGACAUGGAUGAUGACUCGGACACUCCCAUGGUCCACCCAGCACUAGCAGGCGCUUCUUCCAUGGACACUUCGAACGCCAGUGGAAGCACUGUUGUGAUGAAAAACGGUCUUCGGAAAAGAAAGUUCCGACCUCACGUCGAGCUAAAUGACUCCCCUCCUGCUAGCAGCAGCAGUAGCAGCGACGCCAGCGACUCCGAUCCAGGACCAGUCCAAGGUCAACCGGUCGCCAUGGAGAUCAGCAGUGCCGUGGUCGAAGCUGAAGCUAAAAUUAAAGAGACUGAAUUGGCCCCUGUCAAAGUGGAGGAAACAGUGAGCGUCGUUGAAAUGGAAGACAGCAAGCCUAUGAUUGUUGAAGAAACAGAGGCUGAAGUCAAACCACUUGAGCCAGAAUCUCAAUUAACUGUGGCAGCUGCUCAAGAAGAAAUGAUUCCCGUCCCCCCUAAAGAAGUUGAAGUGGAGGAGAAAAGCCUUGAAAGUUUUGAGGAGUCUAAAGCUGAGGAACCUCUUCAGAAAACUGACAGUGAAGAAAAAGAAAUUGAAAGCAGUGAUCUUUGUCCAGAGCCAGAAGAAAUUAUUAAGCCAAGUACUGGUGCAACUGAAAAUGAAGAUCUGGAGAAGCCAGCGCCGGAUAAGCUGGACGGUGCUGGGGACAGUGAAACAAAAGAAGAGGUGGCCGAACCAGUGACUUGUGAAACGGCAGCUGUUUAAGGGAAAACUUGCAAUUUUAUCAAAACUCGGCUCUUAGACAGUUUGCUUAGUUUUGGUUAAACAAAACGUCUCAAAUUAACGAAAACAUCAUCAAACUCACCGAAUAUUAAGGGUCCACCCAAUAUUGUGCAUUUUUGCUUGGAACAGGGUGAAAUGUCGGAUCGCCUGUCUAUGGAAAUCGAAACGAAAAGUCUCUGUUCAAUAAGUCUUCUCGCAUAUUGAAUCCUAAUUAAUUGUGUUGGUUAUAGUAGUGCAACGAAUAUUAGGCAUUUAUUUGUGAUUAUCCAAAUUUAACAAAAUAUUUUAAUUUAACUUCUCACUCUCAAUUUGUUUUUAAUGAAAUCAAGUGUAAAAGAUUAAAAUUAUUGAUUAAAAUAGGUUAGAAUAAUGGUUUAAAUGCAAACAUGGAAAAUAAAAUUUCAAUAUCAAAGUCAAUAAAAUGAACU